GCAUGUCUUCUCUUAUAUCUCAGCUCAAAUAAAGUUGAACAAAAGAUUCACAACUGUUAUUUGGAGAUGAAUUAGAUAAUUUUCAGUGCAGAUGCUUUUGUUGAUUUUCGGUUUCUUAUCAGAGUUGGUACAAUAAAUCUCUCUUAUUUUUCGGAUAUUUUGUUAUAAAAACUUCACGAUAGUUAGGCAGAACUCAUACUCCUUAAAGAUUGCCAAGCAUCAUAGAUAUUCAUUGUUCGUUUCAAAGCCAACAUUGAGUGACGCAGAGAUAACAGAGACUUAGAAAAUUGGUCUCCAUUUUCAGUGUUCAACUCGAUCUAAAACAGUUAAUUUUACUCUCAAAACUUUUCAAGCCUCUUUUUCACAAUGACCUGCAGUUCGAGCUCAGUCAUACCAAGACGUGUUCUCAUUCCUAUUGACAAGUCGGAACAUUCGGAACGGGCCCUCAAGUUCUACUUCGAGAACACGAUGAAGCCAAAUGAUCACUUGAUCCUUUUUCACUCAAUUGAAUUGCCUUCAAUGCCUGUGAUGGCGAUGGGCGAGGCAGGUGCAGACGAGUGGGCUCGCAUGAUGAGGGACGAAAAGAACAAAGCCGAGAGUCUCAAAGCCCAGUAUGAGAAAUUAGUGGAAGAUGAGCCGGUCACUGUUGAGUUCGAAGCCACAGACCAGAACCAUAAAGUCGGAGAGAACGCCUGCAAGGCCGCAAAGGAGAAAAGCGCGAACUUGAUUGUGAUUGGCUCACGAGGUAUGGGCAAAGUGAGACGAACUGUGCUCGGCUCAGUGUCCGACUACAUCCUGCACCACGCCCACUUGCCCAUACUAAUUGUGCCACCCGAGCACCGUCCAUCUAAAUCUCGCCAAAACUCAAUAACGUCCAUGACCUCAGCAUCUUCCAAAACUUCAGUAUCGUCCAAAACUUCAACAUCGUCCAGAUGAAAAAAAUACAUCGUCGAUGAAAAGCGAUAGACCUAAUCAAAAACAAGCACUCCGUUUUUGAACUGAGACAUUAUGUAGUUAUGUGUCAGCAAAUGCAUGUGAAUUAAAUAACAAUUUGUUCACGAGGCGAUUUUUUCAUAGAUUAUAAACGCAAACUAAUUGUUAAAGUUAUUGUAUUCCCACUGAUGUAGUAUUUAUUCAUUAAAAUCACUAAUUUCAUCGAAUUUGUGUUUAAUUUAACAUUGUUGAAUUUUCCCAUCUCGAAUUAUGUCCUGACUUAUCGAGACUUGAUAGAAAGACUUUUGCGCGACCUCAAAAAAUGUCAUUCCGUAAAUGCAAUGUAAUUUUUGUUAUAUAAUAGGUUGCGCAAAUAAUUUUCUAAGUUUGGACACUAGACGUAAAUCGCGUUUUGGGAACUUCAUUACCCGCAUCCAUUUUUUGUGUUAAUUUCUUAAUUUUAAAAACAGUUUUACUAAAAUUGAGAGAAAUUCUAUAACAAUUACUUAAUAAUUGAUUAUAAUCACCACUUUGAAAAAAAUAUACAAUGAGUUAUAAACUUUUAUAAUCAAUUAUAAUCAAUUAUUACUCUGUCGGGUUUUCGAUUCAGUUAAAAUCAAUUAUGAUCGAUCAUAAUCGAUUAGAAUCGAUUAUUUUUAUUCCAAUUUCUAUGUUUCUUAUGCACAAAAACCUAUUUUAUUUGCUUAUAAUCGAUUAUAGUUCAUUUUAUUUGAUCUU